CCUUUAUUAAAUUAAAAGUUUCUUCAUUUAAGGGCACAGCUAGACCGUCGCGUCUAAGGACCCAAAACUCUGUGGCACAUUUCAAAUUUCAAAACAAACGAGUCGCGCCUGUCAACAGUCGUUUGAUGAUGCAUUGAACACGAAAUUGCUUCUUUCGAAAAUAAUAUCAUCUUUAUACAUGUAGCGACUUAAAGCCUCUGUGGUGAUGUGUGUUACGAUUUAACACAAUAAUCACCAUCCGUUUUCUUUUGUUUGUCUCAUAAAAGACUGACUGCGCCGUUAGACAAAUGGACUAAUUUGUUAUCUAACCUAGCGAACUAGUCGUUUCUCGGACAGUAUUUGGAUCAAAUCAGUAUUUGUAAAGCUUGGAGGGAUGGAAACACAAACGAUGUCGACAGAGAGUGUAAACAGUGCAGUGAAAGCUCCCUCCAUCGAGGACUUUGUGCUGGUCAAGCCCAUCAGUCGAGGAGCCUUUGGGAAAGUUUACCUCGCCAGAAAGAAAUGCAACUCUAAACUUUAUGCAAUAAAGGUUGUGAAGAAAGCAGACAUGGUGAAUAAAAACAUGACUGAUCAAAUGAAAGCUGAGAGAGAUGCUCUGGCUCUUAGUAAAAGUCCUUUCAUUGUGCACCUGUUUUACUCCCUUCAAACAGCAACCAAAGUCUAUCUGGUGAUGGAGUAUCUGAUUGGAGGAGAUGUAAAAUCCUUACUUCACAUCUACGGGUACUUUGAAGAAGACAUGUCUUUAAAAUACACCUCGGAGGUCGCACUCGCUCUGGAUUACCUUCAUAGACACGGCAUCAUUCAUAGGGAUCUAAAACCGGACAACAUGCUCAUCUGUAAUGAGGGCCACAUAAAACUCACAGACUUUGGGCUUUCUAAAGUUAAACUUGACAGGGAGCUAAACUUGAUGGAUAUUUUAACCACACCCUCUUUGGUGAAGCCUAAGAAAGAUUAUUUUAGAACACCUGGUCAAGUUUUGUCCCUUAUAAGCUCACUUGGUCUUAAUACCCCGGUGACCGAGGGUAAACGUCACAGCAGCCCAGUGUUGGGCAGCCCUGUUUCCUGUGGGAAAGUCAAACGGAGGAACAGCUCUCUGUGUUCACCUCUACUGAAGAAAAGGGCUGAGUACCUGAAUUCUCCAGUAUGCUCAAGUCGAGCCUUAGGAUCUAGCAGUGUGUUCAGUCCUGGCUUGCUGGCUAAGAGUUUGACUCCAAGGCUGAUGAAAUCAAGGAGAAGAUUUGAUACGAUGAGUGUUGGGAGCCUUUUACCAUCCAAUACAGAUUCUGAGGACUGUGUCAGCCCGAUGUGGGAGGAUGAGCAGCAUUUACAAGAUGGUGAGAAUCUUCCUCCGUCAAGUGGAAAGGAAGUUGGAAAAAGUAUAACAAGAAACAUUCCCCUUACACCUGUGCAAAAGAAGACGUCUGCGACAGGGGCUCAAGAUCAUAGCAGUGCUUUGACCUCACUUGAUAACCAAGUGGAUCUUGGCAGAAAUAAUAAACCAGAUAUUUCUGCAAAGAAGCUGGAGUUUAAUCCAACAAACCACUGUACCUCACCUCUGGGCGAGGCUGUUCCCCGUCAGUCAAUUGGGAGCCGUCUUGUAAGACGCGAGUCUCCAAUAGAGCCUAAAACCUCGGUAAAGAGAGGGUUUGAAGAAGUAGACAAAAGCCCAGAGGAAACUGAGAACCAUUCCAAGAAAAACGAUGCGGUGUACAAGAGAUGUUUCCAGAUUCCUAAAAGCAGUUCAGGAGCUCAAACGGGUUUAACUGGAAUUUUCUCAGUUGUCGGGCUUGACGAUGCUAAAAGUGGCCAGGUAUGUCUGCAGUUCAGUGAGAGAAUGGGUCCAAAGCAAUCCAGUCCCAUUGCUGUGGCCAAAAACCUCUUUUGUGAUCUGGAAGAUCCAGGCGAGGAGGUAGCGUUGCAUAACACUAAAGCAAAGGGCACUUUAAGCUCCCCGACCUCACCCUGUGAAGCACGAAAUCUCAGAAGAAGCCUAAGUUUAGAUUCAGAUGGCUCAGUUCAUGAUAUGUCAUUGGUCAGGAACACGCCUCAGAAACUAACAGGUGAAAAAGAUGCUUCGUCGUCUUUUGAAGACCUAGAUGAGAAUGAGAUUUCUGCAGCGACACCAGUGGCCCAACCAUCGAUGGCUACGCCAAAGCAUAGCAGCGCAAAACAACAGAGGGAUUUUGAUCAUUCUUUUGUUGACCCGGGACUAUCAAACAGCAUGCUCAAAUCACCUGGUUUCCUCAAGCCCAAGAACGUAGUUGCUUUUAGGAGCUACUGCAGCUCCAUAAACCGGUCUUGUAAUUCACACCUCAGUCUGGCCUCGUUAGAUGGCAUGGAGAUGUCAACAACAGGAUCUUUCCACACCGCUCCAUCUGCAGUGACACCAGUUCAAAAAAAGAGACCAAGUCUGAACAGCUCACUUUACCAGACUCCACAGCAGGUGGCUUCAUCUCAUACUCCAUAUAGAACACCAAAGAGUGUCCGUAGAGGUCCUGAACGUGUAGAGGGGGCUCCUAUUCUAGGAACUCCUGACUACCUGGCACCAGAACUUCUGUUAGGCAAACCUCAUGAUUUCAUGGUGGAUUGGUGGGCAUUGGGGGUCUGUCUGUUUGAAUUCCUCACUGGAGUCCCUCCCUUCAACGAUGAGACUCCUCAGCUGGUAUUUCAGAACAUUCUCAACAGAGAUAUACCCUGGCCAGAUGGAGAUGAGGAGUUAACCCAGAAUGCAAGAAAUGCCAUAGAGAUUCUUCUUACCAUGGAUGCAACCAAACGUGCCGGUUUAAAAGAACUGAGGGAUCAUCCAUUAUUUGAGGGUGUGGACUGGGAAAACCUUCACAAUCAGACGAUGCCCUUCAUCCCUCAGCCUGAUGAUGAGACAGACACUUCAUACUUUGAUGCAAGAAACGCAGCCCAACACCUCACUGUAUCAGGUUUCAGUCUGUAAAAACCAACGGUAGACUAAUGGACUACAUCAUCAGAAUUGUGUGCAAUUGUGUUAUGUGUGUAUUGAUUUUCUUCCUUCUAUUCUUUGGCGUUUGUAUAUGUUAAGUGUUGGAAAGUAUUUUGAAAUUUAGUGAGGUGGCUGUUUUACCCUUGUGCACAUACACACCACAUCGCUUAUGUUAUGUUUGUAAAAAAAGUAAUAUAUUAUGUAACACUAAUAUUUUUACUGCUUAAUCUGUGAAUAAGUUGAUUUAAACCAUAGUUUUGUUUUAACACGUUUUCUUUAAAACGAUGCUUGUCGAACUGUCAUUUUAACAUGCAAAAUGUUUUAACAUGUCUACAGUGAGUUUAAAUAUGAUUCUGAACAUGGAUGCUGCUUCAAACACAAACUUUUUGCCUAUUCAUAAUCAUUGAUUCAUAUUUGACAUGUUUUCUUUUAAUAACUUACGGGAUGUUUUAAGGUAAAUAAAAUGUUGUCAUGUUAAACA